ACUCAACCGGGCAGCUAACUCCUGGGCGAAGACAUGGCCGCUCCGGUCAAAGCCGAGGACGUGCACUUCGUAGGCGCGGCUGCUCAGCAGCACAACAACUUUGACCCCUCUGGGAAGUACAAACUCAAGUGCGAGGGCGCUUUCGUGGCAGUGGAGUGCGCCAUUAGCGAGAGCGAUGGGCUGAAGAGCCAGGGCAGCGUGAUGGUGACCAUGAGCGGCAACGUGGAUAUCGACACCAAAAUGGAGGGCGGUCUGGGCAGCUCCCUGCUUCGCUGCUGCUGCGCUGGCGGGUCUAUGUUCUUCAGCCACUACUCGAUCAAGCCUGGCCAGGGUCCUCGUGGUGAUGUGCUGCUUGCGCCGCCUGUACCUGGCGAGAUAAUGUUAUUGCACCUGGAUGGCGCGCAGGGCUGGGUGGUGCAGCCUGGUGGCUACCUGGCGUGUGACCACAGCGUCAACAUCGGUGUGAAGAUGCUGGACAUUGCGCAGGGCUGCUGCGGCGGCGAGGGCUUCUUUGUGAUGGAGGCCAACGGCCGCGGCCGGCUGCUCAUCUGCUCCUACGGCGCCAUCACGCGGUACGACCUCGCGCCGGGCGAGAAGCGGAAGAUUGACAACGGCUACUGCGUGGCGUGGACCAGCGGCAUGGAGUGGAACAUCGCCAAGGCUGCUAAGGGGCUGUGGAACACGGUGAUUUCGGGCGAGGGGCUGGUGGCGAACUUCACGGGGCCCGGCACUGUGUUCGUGCAGACGCGCUCCAUGCAGAACCUGGCCAACGCGCUCGUGCCAUACCUGCCAAGUGGCGGUGGCGGCGGCGGUGGUGGCGACGACUCUAGCAAGUAACGCUUCGCGUCUAAACCACUGGACUCACCAUGGAGUAGGUAUCAAAAGCUGGCAUCCGUUGGCGAUGUCGUGUGGGAUGUUCCGGGGCAUGCACUGCGAUGGGUGUUGCGGUCAGGCUGUCGCCUGAGAGCGCUCUCAAGCGGGGUGGGGCUCUCGAAUGCUUGCGGACUGUGACUCGUAAAAUCUGUCGACCUUCUCUAUGACAGUACAUAUGUUUUCUCGGAAACACGGCCGGAGCGAGCAGCGACCUCGCACGUCCAUGGACUUUAAUUGACUGGCGACUGUGGCGACUCGUUGCGAGGUAAAGAAGCGGCGCAAGCGCGCAGGCUGAGGAGCCGGCUGGCGGUGUCUAGGUAGCGGUCCGCGGUGGGGCUGGCAGGGCAUGCGUAGCGGCAUGACAAGCAGUGCGGCUGUUGACAACUGUGCUACGUCUGGCUGCGGUUGGCUCUGCUGUGGCAUCGCGAUUGCUAGAUGGGCACCUGGUUUGGCUAUGUGCCUGUGGAAACCGACCCCGGCUAUGUCCGGGCGAUGAGGUUGUUCGGCCUCAGAGAGUGGAGGGGCUCAGCCCCUUUUCCCGUGACCGGGGAACACUUGUCUCGGAAGGACCCACCGUCAAGAACAUGGGUAUGCACGGGAGAUCCAACCAUGUGCGUACGGUAUCAUUUCAUUGUUUGGGAUGCUGAGGUGGAUGGCAGUGGGUAGGCUUGUGCAGCGAAGUGGCUACAGCCACGCGUUGAUGAGUGAUGUCUGGCGCGCAGGCGUCUCCCUUGCCUUCUUCAGUACGCAUGUUUACUUCAUCUUUGUCAACAGGCAUGGGUGUACGGAUCAUAGACAGGACAAAGUAGAACUAUUGAAACACGAUGAUUGCAGCUCGCAUUCUGCUUAUCAACUGUGCUGUUGUAAUGUCGUAACAUGCCUGGAUGUGCGAUGGGACAGUGUUAAGGCAGGUUGCUGAAGUCCCGCAGGGUGCAGCUGAUUCCCAGACCCCAGAAGAUGGCAAACCAUUUGCAACGGCAGGGCAGGAGUGGCGUAACAUGCCUGGAUGUGUGCUGCACUAGCAUAGACCAGCAGAGACAAGAGACGUGGCUCACUGUCAAACCUCCGCGUCCACCUGAGUCGCUCACACAUCCACCGACUGAUAUACAUGAUGACACCUCUACCCGUCUAGCGUACGUCCUGUUCAGGGGGGGGGUAGCCUCGACUGGGAAAGGCCCCAUGUUCUCAAACGAAAGAGCUUGACGAGAGGACUCCAAAUCCACUUUCAGAGUUUCAAUCAGGGUAGUAAUUGCAAAGUUAUGGAUGCGGAUGUUACAGAGGGGACAGUCCCAGCUCCCGAAGACGCCGAGCCAUCACAUGCUAUCAGGGCCCAACCCCGACUUUGCUGCAAACCCUCCCGCGGGCAAAGUCCGUGUGACUCCGCGCACAGUGAGUCCUAGCCAAGCCUCAACCCGCCAGAGCCCCACCGCAAAGUUAUGGGCCCUCAAAGUUCAGGGUCGGUCGUCGGGGUUGGGGGUCCCCAAGGUUUCGUCACGCGGAUGUGGGUGGGACUGCCAGAUUUCGUCUCCGCGCCCUAAACGCCCCUCUAAACGCUCCGCCCAAUAGCACAAGCACUAGCACACAUUAGCAUGCACAUACUAAAGCAUUUGCAUUACGUUUGGCCUCAGGAAAGCGGCCGCAUGUCCGUCCACAUUGGCAUCGUAGUAGCGUAGAGCCCCACUCGAGCGUCUCUCACUGGUGUCAUGGAGACUAUGCGCACUGAUGCUAACUUGUAACGGCCAAGGCUUGGUGUGGGUCAUGGCGACAAGGUUGCCGCCGGCCAUUGAGCGUGACAUGAAUCCCGGGAUUCUUCACAUGAUCCCGGGAGAAAGUCCACCGAUCUCUUCCGGCACACAAUCCCAAACAUCAUAUGUACAGCGCAAUUGUAAGCUUAAGCGCAC